GGUAAGUUAACCAUCUACUAUAACUCGUUGAAUCAAUGACGGGCAGAGAACAAUUUCAGCUUUUUGGGCAUAGCACUUUUUAGGUUAUAUGUCGUACGAGAUCUUCGUACAAAUGUUUCGAAAAAUACGCAUAACUUUAUGGAUAUUCAACAUAAUCCUUCUAACUAAUUAAAUGUAGCGUCUUUUAUUUCAUGUAACAAUCACUCUUGUGUAAAUAUCAGAUCAAUUAUUAAGGCUCAAUAAUUCGGAAUGAUGACGCUACGUUUGUUUGACAAUCAGAAUUAUUCAAUUCUGGAUACCAUGCCAAAUAUGCACAAAAAAAAUGGCGAGAUAGGAAGCUACAAUUAUCUGAGAGACUGUAUCGGCAGUCUUGAGAAUAAAAACUCUGAAGUUGUUUUAACGGCCACAUCCACAAGUUCCCAAGGCACUGAUUUGCAAGGGCACAGCUUGGAUGUUAAUUUGAAUAGCAUUGAUCUCAAUUUGAUGAAAUUUGAUAGUUUAUUGCUGCAUAAUGCCGAGGAGUCUGCAAAGAGCAAAGAGGAAAAAACAAGAAAAGACAGACCAACAGAUAUUAAUAUUUCACAUUCAAAUCAAUAUUUUAACGCUACAAAUCUGAGCUUUUCGAAUUUUACAAAUGAUUCAAGCAAAGGAUCAGAUGAGGUAACGACAACUGUUAAUAAUAAUGAAUCUUGUGUAUUCAAUAAAGAUCAAUGCUUAGAAAGAAAGAAAAUAGAAAGCUACAAUUGUCCUACCAAACCUGAUACAGAAAAUAAUAUAAAUACAGUUUCUCAUAUUAAUCAAGACAACAGUUGUAUAAAUCAAAAUGUCACAUCCAAGUUGAAACGUGAAAUAAAAAUUGAUAAUCUGGAGUUAUUGGACGACGAACAGAUUCAGAAAUGCGAGCAAUGCCUAAUGACGUUCAGAUAUAAAAGACACUUGGAUCGUCAUUUGGAGGGUCAUCAGAAAAAUAAUUGUCCUCAUUGUAAUGAAAAAUUCGCCAGGCGAAAGCAUCUGGACGUUCAUCUGUUUCGCGCACAUGGAGAACGGGUGGUUAGACAUUCGCAUUUAUGCGACGUGUGUCCAAAAAGUUUUCCUAAACGUGCCCUACUAAACUGUCAUAGAGCAAAACACAGUUAUCAAAACGGUAAAGUGUGUUCGGAUUGUGGAGAUAUGAUAAAUAUGGAUACGGACGAGAAGGAGCACAAGGAGAAGCACUGUAAGAAGAGGCAAUUCAAGUGCCAGCGAUGUUGGCAAACGUUCAGUAUCGAGCAAACGUAUCUAUCUCACAUUCAGAAUCACGAUAACUAUAAAUGCCCAAGCUGUGAAAUUACUUUUGCGUCGAAGAAGAAGGCGCAUGAACACUUUAGGGCGGUUCAUGUAUCAAAAUUAAGCGAGCAAAAAUCGACAAACAGUUCAUAUUUUUGUGCCGAUUGCAGACACACAUUUAUAAAAAAAGACGAUUAUUUUCGACAUUUGGAAUCCGCGUUACAUCUUAAUAAAGUCAAUAGAGAUAUACCUAUAAAAGCAAUAUUUUCUUGUGCGAUCUGUUCGAAAAAGUUAAUUACGCAAAGAGCCCUGGAUCAACAUGUUAGACGCAUUCACAAGGGCGCAAAGCGAUUUGCUUGCAAUAUGUAUGGGUGUACGUUUCAGUGUGCCAGAAGGACUGAUCUGGAUAGGCACAAACAGUUGCACAUAGAAGAGCGAAAUAUCGUUUGUGAACAUUGUGGCAAAAUGUUUACUAGCGUCGGCAUAUUAAAGGAUCAUGUACUUUACAUUCACAGUAAGGAGCGACAAUUUAUCUGCGAGGAAUGUGGCAAGGCAUUUAAGAGAAACAGCUUAUUGAAAAGACAUAAGUUGUCACAUGAGCAGCAUCGGCCAUUUGCUUGUACACAAUGUAGCACUGCGUUCAAACGUUCACAUCAUCUUACUCGUCACAUGGAAACCUGUCACAAAAUUACACUGGAAAAAAAGAAAAAGGUGGUAAAGCUCAUGAAAACAAAAGACGGAAAUCUUGUGCCAGUGCCAGAUAAACCAAAUAGACUGGAAACUAAUAGAUCCAAAAUUGGAAGAAGACGCGAAUCAAUUACAAAGAAUAAAGAGAGAGACUAUUCAAUUACAAAUGUAGAAAAACAAACUGUAAAUGUUAAUUCACAACUGCAAACACAACCAUUGUUAAAUCCGGAGGAAACUUCUGAAUGUCCAAACUUGUCAUUGGAACUUACAAAUUUAUCUGUUGUCGAUUCUAUUCCACAAGUUCUUUCAUUAGUAGAUGUAAACACGGGACAAGUACUUACUGUAGAAAUCACCAACAACUCAGAAUUGUUACCUGCUAGUGAACUUGAUCAAUUUGGAACAAAUUGUAAUGAAAUAUUGAAUUUACCAGAUUAUCAAGAUAUAGAAUUUCAAAGUAGUCUUCUGAAUACUGAUCAAAUGUAUUAUGACAAUACAAGUUAUUCGGAGAUAUCGCUGGAAAAUAUUGAAAGCUCGUUUCCACUUGUAAGUAAUAAUAAUAAGAUGGAAACGAUAGAAAGCUAUUUAACUCAUGAAUUUCCAGCAUUUCUUAAUAUUUGAACAUUUACACAACAUAUAUGUUUAUUGUUCAAAAUGCAAUAUCAUAGUUGCUUAAAAUUUAAAAUAUGCCACUAUAUUAUUAUAUUUUACUAAAAUAUGAAAUUUAUUUAUUUUGUUAAUGAAGAAUGUUAAGUUUUAUAAAAUAUAUUUUUUUAUACUACAGAAUGUAAUCUAACAUUUUAUUUUAAUUUUGGAAAUAAAUAAAUAUACAUUUUUUCAAAAUAGAUAAAUUUUAUUACCUCAUACAAUAACAAACAUUUUAAUAUUUUUAGAGCUAUAUUAUAUAAGUGUUAUUGAGAUGCAAACGUAAAAUUUUAUUAAAAUAUAAGACUGCAUACACUAAGUUAAUAUGUAUUUAAAACUUACUUGAUAAUGAUAAGAGUGUAUUAUUAAUAGCAUUAUUCUAUAUUUAGUUUAAUUUUAAAAUAUAAAAAGCAUAAUAUCUCAGCA